AAAAAAAAAGCAGAAAGCUGUGCUCAUAAGGGAGGGGAAUUUUAGGUCGAGGUCGAUGCCGGGCGCGAUGGCGGCACCGGCGGCGAUGGAGCCCGUGGAGCCGCAGUCGCUCAAGAAGCUUAGUUUCAAAUCCCUAAAGCGUGCCCUCGAUCUCUUCUCCCCCGCCCACGGCCACUCCACUCCCCCCGAUCCCGAGAGCAAGAAGAUUCGAAUUAGCUACAAGGUACAUGCUGAAUAUGGAUCAGUUAUGGACUUGUCUAUCGAGCAAGCACAGGACCGUGGUGGCGCUGGUGCUCAGGGUAAAGGUGACCUAGUAUCGACCUCCACAGCAUUGGCUCUUCCAGGCAUCCAGGAUUCCAGAAAUUCUCAGAAAGAGGGCAGCCAAAGUGCUAUUGUUACUGCACCAACAAUGCAACCAAAGGGCCCGGAACUGGGUAUUCCAAGCAGAAAUACAGGGGCUGUAGUAUCGAUUCCUGGCUCUUCAGAAAGGUAUCAAUCCACAUCGGCAUUGAUGGAAAGGAUACCAAGUAGAUGGCCUCGUCCUACCUGGCAUCCUCCAUGGAAGAAUUAUAGAGUUAUCAGUGGUCAUUUGGGAUGGGUGAGAUCCAUUGCAUUCGAUCCGAGCAAUUCAUGGUUUUGUACUGGUUCUGCAGACCGGACAAUAAAGAUAUGGGAUGUUGCAUCUGGAAAAUUAAAGCUCACACUGACAGGACAUAUUGAACAAAUACGCGGGCUUGCUGUCAGUCAACGUCAUACUUAUUUGUUCUCUGCUGGUGAUGACAAACAAGUUAAAUGUUGGGAUCUUGAACAGAAUAAGGUGAUUAGGUCUUAUCAUGGACAUCUGAGUGGCGUGUAUUGUUUGGCGCUUCAUCCAUCUCUCGAUAUUUUACUAACAGGUGGCAGAGAUUCUGUCUGUCGGGUCUGGGACAUUCGUACUAAGGCAAUGAUUUUUGCUUUAUCCGGGCAUGAUAACACUGUGUGUUCAGUUUUUGCUCGACCAACGGAUCCACAAGUAGUAACUGGCUCUCAUGACACCACUAUUAAGUUUUGGGAUCUAGCAGCUGGAAAAUCAAUGUUAACUCUCACCCAUCAUAAGAAAUCUGUGCGUGCUAUGGCAUUUCAUCCAAAAGAGCAAACUUUUACAUCAGCAUCAGCAGACAACAUAAAAAAAUUUGGCCUUCCGAGAGGAGAAUUUUUGCACAAUAUGCUGUCCCAGCAGAAAACAAUAAUAAAUUCGAUGGCAGUUAAUGAAGAUGGUGUCUUAGCAACUGCAGGUGACAAUGGGAGCCUUUGGUUCUGGGAUUGGAAAAGUGGCCAUAACUUCCAGCAAGCCCAGACUAUUGUCCAGCCUGGUUCACUGGACAGUGAAGCAUGUAUAUAUGCUCUUUCAUAUGAUAUAAGCGGCUCGAGGCUUGUUACUUGUGAGGCAGACAAAACUAUUAAGAUGUGGAAAGAAGAUCCAACUGCCACACCAGAAACUCAUCCACUAAACUUCAAGCCUCCAAAAGAAUUUCGGAGGUACUGAUGGCACCCUAUGCCAGUAGUUCAGGUUGGCAGCAUUGGCGAUGCCAUUUAUUUGCCUGCAACUUAAGCGCGUGAUGGAAUGGUUCCACAUUUAAGUAGAAAAUGCAGAACUACUUGCUCAGAAGGUUAUACAUUGCAUUGUGGAAUUAUCAGCUUUAUGAAGCUGUAUGUGUUAAUUUAACUAUGCUGGUACUUGAUGAAUAUCAAGGAUGGACUACAUUUAUCAUGAUUUUAUCAGUAGAGUUGUCAGAAAUCUAAAAUUGCAGCUUGUGCCAGCAAAAAAGGGUUCACUUGAAAGUCACGAAGAUUUAAACAGCCCUUGUCACAUGGUGUGCAUAAUUUUGCAUGAAUAUACUCUUGAUGAUGUGCUUAGCAGCCACACGACACUAGAGAGAUGGCGAUGCAGCUGCCCAGUCUGUAGAUGCUCUGUUUUAAGUUUUUUAUUUUGUUAAGCUGGGACGGGGGCUAGAGAUCAACAAUGAAAAUGACCAAUCUUUUCUA